GGUCUGAGCCACUCCUCUCACGUCAAUGAGCCCUUCUCCCUCCCCGGUGAUGUCACAGAGGCCUUCGGUGCUCAGACAGGAUUGGCUGGGUCUGGCUUGCAGGGCUGGCUCAGCCGAAAGGUGAAUGUGCAAGGAAGCAGCUGUGUGGAGGUAUGAGCAGUCAGAGUGUCUGCAGCAGGCACAGGCAGCAGGGCUUUGCUGAAGCACAGGAGUUGCUCCUGCCUUGAGAAAUAAAUUUUAAAAAGCUGCAGCAGGGGGUUGGCACUUUGGCAACAAUCCCUGGAUGUCUUAUACCUGAAGAGUAAGGUCAGAGGAGGAGGAGGGGAUGGAUGUUUCGCAACCCGGUUUUCUUUUUCCUGAACUGUGAGUGAGCUUGGAACACCUGAACCUGAUAUGCCAACUGAAAUCUCCCGUGCGGUGAGAAUGCAUGCCAUCUCCGGCUUCCAUUCCUCGCUGACAGUGCGGCUUCUCAACAAAGGUCCUGAGUACCUUCGCAAGCAGAUGGAGGCAGGCCCCCCUGGCAGGAAGAGUGCUGUGGAAAGACUGGCAGCUGAUAAGGCCAAGUAUGUAAAAAGUCAGCAGGUGAUCAGUGCUAAGCAGGGGCCGAUCUCUGCCCUCAGCUCUGCUUCAGAGAGCAGCUGUGAGAGCAGUUCUGUGGAAAGUAAAAAAGUCAACAACAACUUAGCUGAGGGGAAAAGCAUCAAAAUUGUGGAACAGGUUAACACAGUGGUGGACUCUGGCCCAGCUCCCCUUGAACACGGCCCUCCCAUAGCAAGGCGCAGCAGUUCCAAGAGGCAAAUCAGACCAGACUCUUUAGUGAUCUAUCGCCAGAAAUGUGAAUUUGUGAGAGGCCAAAGCCAUGAUAACAGUCGUGGGAGUUUAGUCAGAAGGCUGUUCCAGGGAUCUUUCAAAGAAAAGCAGCUGGUUACUGAGGCAUCCAAGGUCAUCUUCAAGGAAGACAUUGCACGGACGACAGAAGGACCUCUACUGAUUGAAGAUGUGGGCAAUAAACUUGGUGCAGCAGGGCAGAACACAACCCUGAGCACAGGUACAGCAACUGUUCUUGCCAGCAGAUGUGAGAAUACUCCAAAUCAGACUGUGGUGCCUCCUGAUGUGAAGAGGAGAGGUCUGCACCGGUCUCAAUCGGACAUUACUUCCCGAUACUCAAAAUCUUUCUCUGAGUUUGACACUUUCUUUAAGUACUGUGGCCUUGAGCCUGAAGUAAUAGAGGAUCUUGGGCAAGAGAACUUUUCUGUGGCUUCUGAUAACGUCUGUUUCCGGAUCCGCAGCAUCAGCGUGGCAACAUCAGAAAGCGACUUCACCAGGAACAGUGGCGACGAUGGGUUGCUGGAAGAAGAACUCACAGAACAGGUUCCCACAGGCCUGUCAGUGAUUGAACGCAAUGCUCGGAUAAUCAAAUGGCUCUACACAUGUAAGAAAGCCAAGGAGAACAAAAAUGCUCUGCAAGAAUUUGCGUGACGUAUUCCCUUCCCAAAAUGUGUUGCAGCAAGAAUUGAAGUAUUCUUUGAACUGAUCAGAACAUGGAUUUGUAGCAGCCAUUUCUACCAUUCUUCAUCAGCUUGCAUCCUGCAACCCAACCAGUAACUGUGUCUUGCAAACGAACAACACUGUUUGACUGAAAUGCAACCUGAAUCUGGGAGUCAGUAAUAGCGUCUCAAAAAGAAGGAACAACCCUUCUAAGUCUGUAGAUCUGUAAGACAUUGCCCUAUAACAACAUAAUGAGCAUCCUGAAGGUUACAGCGAUGUUGGUUCAUGCACAUUUGAAUUUUCUGUUUGGCUAUCUUCCAGCAAAACAGAAACUUUGUCAUAAUAACCACCAAGUGUUGCUUCCUAGAAGAUGACUUCCCAUAUAAAUAUCGCCAACAGACCAGGAAUAAUUGAACAUCUACUAAGUAUGGCAAAUACAUGAGGCAGUUUUGCUGAAUGCUGAGGUUACAACCAGCAGAGCUCUCCCAAACAUCUACAUAGGGCAACAAGAGACAUGUACAGUUGUCUCAAGUUACUGAUGCAUUACUUCAUGGCCUUUUGGCUAAGAUCAAGUGUAAUAAGUUAUUGAUGUGUGUAUGGUUUUCCAGCUUGAAAUUUCAGAACACAAAACAAUGGUUUAUGUUGUUAACUAUGGUCAGUUUGUGGAACCAAGAAUCAUCUCACAGACAAACACUUCAGUUCUAUUUUGCCUCAACAAAUGAUGGUUUCAUUA